GUUCGGAGAAGAGCAGCUCCCACCCAGCUAAGGAAGGCGUAUCGGCAGGGAACGCUGAGGACUCAGGCCUUUGCAAGCGCCCUCAUAACCUACACGGCACCAGUGUCUGAGGGAGCCAACGAGUGGGCGACCCAUCUGGGGGAUGCAGUGGAAGCGGCCUGCGACCGGAGCAUGCUCCAGCGAAGCGCGUUUGGGAGGCACCAUGCCCCAGUCUUCUGGUGGAACGAGGACAUCGCCGAGCUCCGCAAAAUCUGCCACAGCGCGAGAAGACAGCUCCAACGAGCCAGGGGAACUCCGCGACUGGUAACCUGCUGUGAGGCAUACAAAGUCGCGCGGAAGGAGUUGAAGACCGCCAUUAGAGACAGCAAAAGAGAAUGCUUCCUCAAGCUGUGCGACGCCGCCGAGGAGGACCCUGGGGGAGGCGCCUACAAGAUGGUGGUCAAGAGCAUCAACGCCGGAAGCAGAGCCCCAACGGACCCAGUAGUGCUGGAGGGGAUUGUUAGGACCUUGUUCCCGCAAGGGCGGCCCAUAACAACAUCCCCAAGAGCUUGCACUAGCGCUGAUCCCAAGCGAGGUCACGGGUCUGUUCAACAGAUGCCUCCACGAGGGUACGUUCCCAUCGAGGUGGAAGAGGCAGCGGCUCUUUCUGCUGUCCAAGCCGGGAAAGCCGCCGGGCGAGGCGUCCUCCUACAGGCCCAUCUGCCUCCUGGACACGAUAGGGAAGGUAUUUGAGAAGGUGAUCGCCACGAGGCUCAGUGCAGCUAUCGAAGCAGCAGGCGGCCUCUCCCCGGAGCAAUACGGGUUCAGGAAGGGGAAGUCGACGCUGGACGCCAUCUCUAGGGUGGUAAAAACGGCAGAGGAAGCCUGUGCUGGUUC